AUGUCCUGCUACGACCUCUGCCCCACCUCCAGCGGCAUCGCCUGCCCGCAGCCCGUGGCCAACAGCUGCAACGAGCCCUGCGUGCGGCAGUGCCCGGACUCCACCGCGCUCAUCCAGCCACCGCCCGUGGUGGUCACCCUGCCCGGGCCCAUCCUCAGCUCCUUCCCGCAGCAGGCCGUGGUUGGAUCCUCCGGAGCCCCGGCCUUUGGCGGCUCCCUGGGUUUUGGGGGUCUCUACGGCUCCGGGGUUUUCCCGGGAUACGGCGCCCGCUCCGGGUACGGGAUCUCGGCGGUGGCCGGCGGCUACUGCGGCCCGUCCUCGUCCUCCCGCCGCUUCAGCCGCCUCCUGCGCGGCUCCUGCGGGCCCUGCUGAGGGAGCCGGAGCCUCCAGGAUUCCCGGGAAUGCCCAAAUCCAGGAUGAGGGGUUGGACUUUUCCAUGGUCCCCUUCGCAUUCCUGAUCUUCUCUCCUACUUCUUGUUCGGCACCUCCUCGUUGUUUGCUCUCGCUGCCGGCAUUCCCGAUUUAUUGAUCCAUCAUGGGACAGCUCAUUCCCUGUUCCGGAAUUCCCGAUUU